AUGACACUUAUACUGUCAGUGAGUGGGCCUGAUGGCGAUAAUGGGCGGGAUGGACGUAGUGCGGCAUUCUCUGGUGGAGGAAAGAACGGAAGAAAUGGAGAGAAUGCCACAAAUCCGACUGCUGGGACUGAUGGCGGAGAAAUCGAUCUAACUCUCGUCGAAAGAGACGAUGUAAACGGCGCCUUAGCUGAAAUAUCAGGUUACUUCCAGAGGCCAGGUUAUCAGGUUGACAAUUUUGAACAAACGUAUAUUUGUGCUACAGAUGAUUUGUUUAUUUUGGAAGCUCGCGGAGGAAAUGGUGGGAACGGUGGCAACGGAGGAAACGGAGGGGAUGGCUCUCCUGGUAAAGAUGGAAAAAAUGCAACUUC